AUGCAGCUCUCCGACGACCUUCGGAUCCUAGUGACUGGCGGCAGCGGCUUCCUCGGCGCCAGCAUAGUCGCAGCUCUGCUCGAAAGGCAUACGGGAUGGAGAGUGUCAAUACUAGAUCUUCGUCGUCCAUCCGAGAAGAUCUUGAUACGGCUUGAGCGCUAUCUACAAGCUGACAUUGCAGACGAAUCCAGCGUAAAAGCGGCCUUCAAGGACUACCAUCCGGAUCUGGUCAUCCAUACUGCUGGCAUUAUACCUGCCCGACAGCUCCGAUAUAGCACGCGUACCGAGGAUUGGGAGCGUGUGAAGAGCAUUAAUUACGAUGGGACGAGACAUGUCCUUGCUGCCACGCUGACAUCCGGCUGUCGCCGCUUCGUCUACACGAGCAGCUGCACUACCGUGAUCGACGACCUCGACCACGACUACUACAAUGUAGACGAGACUGUACCAUUAGGACUCGCCACUCUACAUUAUGGCAAAUCCAAAACGCUUGCUGAGCAGCACGUCCUCGAUCCUUCUCAUGCUAAAGAAUACGGCCUCCUCGCUUGCGCCCUGAGACCCUGCACGAUCAUUGGACCAGGCGACCCAGCAGUGAUAGCUCUCAUCCACGACCUCAUAGUCAAGCGCGAAACAAAUUUCAUCAUCGGGGACGGCGAUAAUCUAUACGACUGGAUGUACAUCGACAACGCCGUGCUCGCUCAUAUCUUGGCCGCAGAGAACUUGCUCACCAGCCAGACAGCGGCGGGCGAAGCUUUCUUCAUCAGUAAUCAGGAGCCCGCUUAUUUCUGGGACUUCCUGGCCGCGAUCUGGGCGGAGUUUGAUCAUGUGCCGAGAAGGCGGUGGUAUAUUCCUGUUGGGUUGGCUUGGGUGGCGGGAUGGGCGGCGGAGUGGGUUACGUGGGCUACUGGUGGUGCGGCCACGCUUGAUCGUGGGAGUAUCAAAGAUGGUAUCAGGACGGUUUUCUUGAAUAAUGAUAAAGCGAGGAGUGUCUUGGGGUAUGUGCCGGUCGUGGGACUGGCGGAGGGCGUGAGGUUGGCGUGCGACGACUUCAAGAAGCAGAUGGCUACGAGGAACACAGCAAAUGGCAUUCUGAACGAGAAGACCAAGGGUUAA